AUGCCUCAAGAACCAUCCCAUCUUUCGCGUCGAGAUCUCUUGCGAACUGCCGUCGGAACUUCCGUCGCCGGCGGUCUGGCCGUUACCGCAACUGCUUCAGCAGCCGAGCCUGACGCUCAAACGAAGCUUCCGCCGGAAGACUUCAAAGCCACCGGCAAGAAUGUAAAGCAAUCGGUCAUGGCAUGGUGCUUCAACCCAAUGCCAAUGGAAACGCUGAUUCCGGCAUGUGCGAACAUGGGGCUGGUCGCCAUGGAAGGGCUCGAUAAGAAGUGGUAUCCGCUGAUGAAAGAGCACGGCUUGAAGGUCUCGCUCUGCUCAGGCCACGGGUUCGCUGAAGGUCCUGUGAAUCCUGAAUAUCAGCCGAUGUGCCGCGAGACAUUAAAGGAUGCGAUCGAUACCGCGGUGAAGUGGGAUUGUAAGAACGUCAUCACAUUCACCGGCAUGGAAGUCAAAGGACAGACUUUCGAGCAGGGCACUAAAAACUGUGUCGACUUCUUCAAAAGCAUUGUUCCUUACGCCGAAGAAAACGGCGUGACGCUGGUCAUGGAGCACUUGAAUACGCGUGACGAUUCGCACCCUAUGAAGGGGCAUCCUGGCUACUUUGGCGACGACGUCGAUCAUUGCAUCGACAUCAUCAAACAAGUCGAUUCGCCGAACUUCAAGUUGCUAUUCGACUUCUACCACGUGCAAAUCAUGAAUGGCGACGUAACGCGUCGGUUCCACCAACUGCUGCCGUAUAUCGGCCACUUGCAUACCGCUGGCAAUCCUGGCCGCUGCGAGAUUGAUGAGAACCAGGAAAUGAACUACGCCGCGAUCAUCCGCGCCGUGGCCGAUUCCGACUACGAUGGUUACGUUGUUCAGGAAUACAUCCCGACCUGGGACGACAAGAUUGCCGCACUGCGACAUGGCGUCGCCCUAUGCGACGUCUAA